UCUCAUGUUCUUCAUCGUUUUCAAAGAAUAUUCAUCAAUAUUCAGUAAACAGCUCCACCAGAAAAACAUGGCUACCACCUUAAAUGAACCUUUACUUGGAUAUGCCAAAGAUGAUGAAGAGAAAGACAUAGCAUCUUACCUUCCUAACAAACACGAAGUAUCUUUCUUUCGAACAUGUUUCAAUGGAAUCAAUGUAAUUCUAGGUAUUGGAAUACUAUCGGUACCACAUGCAUUAGCUUCGGGAGGGUGGUUAAGUUUAGCACUUUUAUUUUCUAUUGCGGGGGUAGCAUUUUACACCGGUUUAUUAAUGAAGCGAUGCAUGGAUAUAAAUUCGAAUAUUACAACAUAUCCUGAUAUAGGCGAACUUGCAUUCGGAAAAACCGGAAGAUUGAUAGUAUCCACAUUGAUGUAUACGGAACUAUACUUGAUUUCGGUAGGUAUUUUGAUUCUAGAAGGAGAUAAUUUGAGUAAAUUAUUUCCUAUUGGAGAUUUUGAAGUUGUUGGUUUUUCAUUUAGUGCAAACAAUUUCUUUGUGAUAUUGGUUGCACUAAUUAUUUUGCCAACGGUUUGGUUGGAUAAUCUGAGUUUACUUUCGUAUGUAUCUGCAAGCGGUGUCUUUGCUUCGGUUAUUAUUAUUUUGUCGAUAUUAUGGACCGCGACAUUUGAUGGAGACGGUGUUCAUCAAAAGGGUGAUAUUGUUAAUUGGAAGGGAAUCCCUACUGCUCUUAACUUGUAUGCUUUUUGUUUUUGUGCACAUCCGGUUUUUCCGACUCUCUAUAGUUCCAUGAGGAAAAAACAUCAAUUCUCCAAUGUCCUAAUUUUAUGCUUUGUAUUAGCUACAGUUGGUUAUGCAUCAAUGGCUAUAAUAGGUUACUCGAUGUUUGGUUCAAAAGUUGAAUCACAAGUAACAUUAAAUUUGCCACUAGACAAAAUAAGUUCGAAAAUAGCGAUAUACACGACAUUGGUGAAUCCGAUAUCGAAGUUUGCUUUGAUGGUGACACCGAUUACGAAUAGUUUAAAAGAUUUACUUCCAAAGAGAUAUCAAAAUAAUAGAAUGUCGAAUAUUUUUGUGAGUGCGGCUCUUGUAAUUAGCAAUGUUAUUGUUGCAUUGUGUGUUCCAUUAUUUGGAUCUCUCAUGUCAUUGGUUGGAGCAUUUUUGAGUUUCACUGCUUCUAUUUUGCUUCCUUGUUUGUGUUACUUGAAGAUUUCAGGGACUUAUAGGAAACUUGGAUUUGAGACUAUGACAAUAGUGGUGAUAAUAAUAAUGGCUAUAACAAUGGCAAUAUAUGGGACUUAUACUUCAAUUGUUGAAAUAGUCCAAAAUUUGUAAUAGUUAAUGUAUCAAUUAUAUUUGAUUAUGGCCUAUU